AUGUUAUCAUCUUGUACUUUGGAGCAUGCUCUAGAAGAUGAUGUAGCCGAUGCAUUUGUACCAACAGUCACUGGAGAUAAAGAUGUAAUUAUCCUGGAUUUCUCUAACAUUGAUCAUGCAAAUGGGGCCGAAAUCCCAAAAAACCUGACAGAAGAAGAUACAAAAAUCAUCCCAACCAACAUUGAUUUUGCCGCAUUGAAAGAAGCAUAUGCAAAGGAAAACAAAGCUGAACGAUUUUUGCCAUCUCGGCUUUUUUUCCAAGAGGAUGAGCAGGAAAAAUGA